GUGUUCGUCGCAUCUGUGAAGUGACAUUGUAUUUGACUUGUGUUUUUCCACACAGUGACAAAAUAUCUAUGUGUGCUGUGUAUACAAAUGUAAUGAUUGCUUUGUCGUAUCCGUAUGACGCACACACACAUCAACAAACGAACAAGUGGGCGUUAGGGUAUUGUCAUUCAAAUCAUCUGUUCCGUAAAUUGUUGUAUAUUUUGUACAUAAAAAUCUAAUUUAUUUUUCAUUUAUUAAUUUAAUGAGAGUUGUUUAAAUAAAAUAAUUGAUUGAGUGCGCGAGUGAGAUAUGUUUGUUUAGAGUUUUGUUUUUAUUCGUGUGUGACGUCAUUGUUUUCGACUGCCAGUACGACGCAAUAGCAUUUUACUCGAAAAUGGAUUUAAAAUGAGAAUUGUUUUCGUAAACAAGGCGACGCUCACACAGCAUGUCAGCGGAGUCGCCGCGGCACGUGCGGUCGGGCGGGCCGCUCACCGUGCCGUCCCAGCCACCAAGCGACCGCAGCAUCAUAGAUGCUGUCUCCGGGUUCAUUAACGAUGUCACACUCUCCUCUUCAUCGACUGUAGAUCCCAAAGAUGUUAUACAAUGGGCGAGGUUCGAAACGGCGGACAUAAACGAGCCAACACCAGAAGGGGACAGUGACAACGAUGUCUCCCCAUUACUCCUGAUCCUGGGCUACGGGUCCGGUGUUCAAGUCUGGCUGAUCCCCCCCAGUGGGGAGGCCCAGGAGGUGUUGUCAUGGCGACAAGGCACAGUGAGGGUGCUCCGUAUACUGCCUACUCCGCAGCACGGCGACUGCUUCGCAUCGAAGAGGCCCCUUAUCGCCUUGUGUGACUCUGCCAGUCCAGGACCUUCGUUUUGCUCGCUCAGCUUUAUUUCUAUAAGAGGAGGUGAACAGGUAAAAAGCAUAAAAUUCAAGAACCCGAUACUUGACGUGCUGGCAAACAAACGUUCAGUAGUCGUAUCUUUCUCUGAACGUUUCGCGGUAUUUGACGCGGCGACUCUAGAAGACCGAAUGGCCGUCACUACUUGUUACCCCUGCCCGUGUCCUUUGGGAGGCAGCUUGCCGAUCAACCCUUUGGCGUUGGGAGACCGCUGGCUGGCUUAUGCUGAUAAGAAGUUGAAUCAGUCGAAAAGAAGCAGUGGAGGGUGUGAAGGCGAAGGCGUAACCAGCUACACAGCGACAGUGCUUCACGCGGCCAAGUCCCUUAGCAAAGGCCUACGAGGCCUCGGGGAGAGCGUGGCCCACAGCUUGGCUGGGGGGCGAAGCACCUCACAGUCUCCAUCUCCACCCAACGCCGAUAUACAGCAGCCGGGAGUUGUUACCAUAUUGGAUAUCGAAGGUAACGAGGAAGAAGACGGGCAAGACAGCGAAGAACCAUGCGACCCAAUAGUAGCCCACUUCAUUGCGCACUCCGAAGCGAUCAUCGCGCUGAAGUUCGACGCAAGCGGCAUGUUGCUGAUGACAGCUGACAGACGAGGCCAUGACUUCCAUGUCUUCAGGAUCAACCCUCACCCUUGUGGGGCUAGCUUGGCGUCUGUCCAUCAUCUGUAUAUAUUGCAUAGGGGAGAUACAACGGCUAAAGUGCAGGACAUAGCGAUAUCAAACGACUCGCGCUGGGCGGCAGUAUCCACGCUCCGCGGCACGACGCACGUGUUCGCGAUCAGCCCGUACGGCGGCGCGAUAGGCGUCCGCACGCACACGCAGCCGCGCGUCGUCAACCGCCUCUCGCGCUUCCACCGCUCCGCCGGCCUGCCCAUACACACUGCCGCCGCCAAGCGGGCCACGGCCACCACGGUGGGUGAUAACAUGUCACAAGGCGCGUGGUUCCCCAACCCUCGGCUGCCGCCGUACCCGCUGCCCACCACGCUGUCACCGCUGGCGCAGCUGCGGCCCACUGCCAACAUACCCACGCACACCAUCACCAGGAACAGCUCCGGUCGUCAGCGCCUGUCCUCGCUAUCGGAAGACAACAACUCUGCGCCGCUGCUAGCGCGGGCGCGGUUCGGGCCGGCCGUCAGCGGCCGAGCGCCGGCGCCCGUGGCCGCGUUAUAUCUGAUGGCCGCCAAUGGCUGUUUGUUGCAUCUGCUGCUGCAUCCGCGACCGUUGUCUAGCCUGUCAAAAGAGAAGAUCUGCGACGAGUCCAUGAUCGAGCUGGAGGUGGAGCCAGUAGCGCAGUGGCCGCUACAGCGUCCGGCCGCCGCCGCCGACCUGCUGGCGCCGCUGCCGCCCUCCAACCCGCUGCUGCAGCCGCAGACCUGCCGGAGAUGCGCAGACAUGUGUAUGAGCGAAGAGGAGCGUUGGUUGUCGCAAGUGGAGAUCGUGACGCACGCGGGCCCGCACCGCCGCCUGUGGAUGGGACCGCAGUUUGUCUUCAAGACUUAUAACUGCACUGGUUCGAGCUCAUCGUUAUCGGAGGCGGAGACGGUAGAAGUAUGCGCGGGUCCGGCGCGGUCCAACCCCGUCAACAUGCCCGGCGCCAGGCCCGUCGUACCCGUGCUCAUCGAUUCCGGCUCUGCUAGUUCUCUCGAACAUUCUCCAUCGGACAGUUUCCGUCGCAAGUCCUUGCUAGCUGAGAGCGGCCGUGCGGCUUCUGUAUGUGACGUGCAAUUGAGGGAAGAUCUAGCGGAAGCUAUGAAGGAAGACCAUGUUAUCCCAGGCAGUCGCUACGAACCUGAGCCCGAAGAGCUAAGUUCUAGCAGUUUUAGUUCAGCCUCCCGCGCGUCUCUCGACCCUCCCUCGUCUCCAACUCCUAGCUGCGGGGGAGACAACCAGCUGCACUUCCCCGGAGACUCCAGCAGUUCCGUAUAGAAGGACCAGGGUAUUGUGGGGAAAAUAUUUCGAUGUGGCACGUGUCAUUUGUUCCGAAAAUCCAUGAAUUAUUAGGUUAGUGCAGAUUAAUCCACCUGCGAAUAAUUUUGGCAUACAUGCAACAAAUGUAAUUAUGUCUGUUAAUGGCUUCAUUAUUUUCAUUUCACGAAAGCGGGUGAGCUACGCUUUUGUAUAUAAAUGUAUACACGUAUUUUCUUCGUCUCUUCCAUUACUGAGUGUUCCUGAGCUUAGGCAUACAAAGACAACAUGAGCAAACUUUCACAAGUAUGGCUUGCCCGCUUUCGUCAAAUACACGACCCUGGUUAAUUUUGUGAGUUACUUUCCGAUUCUCUUCGAUCAAUGAUAUAAGUCAUGGGCCACACUAAAUAUUUUGUCCACAUAUUGCAAGUAGGUAUAUUUGAAUAAGGAAUUAGGGACCGAUAGGAAGGUAGCACUUCAUUAAUUCGAAUGUCAUUGGUUGGUGCUUCGUUGUGCAUUUGUUUUAUUGUUAAGUCUCAAUUCAACGUGUCACACAUCUGUGUCGGUAAGGUACUUGCGGUCAAUAUUUGAAGUAGACCUUAUUUGUAAAAAAACAAAAGCAUAACGAGCACUCAUGUAGAAAUGCAUAGAGGUAUGAUAAAAAUAAUCUUGCACUUUACACUACUUGAACUUUGAAUGAAUAAAGAUUUCAAUGGCUCUACAGAUUUUUAUACUGACUACAGAUAUUAUAAUUCAAAUUUUAAAAUCAAGACACAAAGCUUGACAACAUCGAUAAUCGAGUGUUCGAAUAUUUUUAUAUAGUUGGUCCUAACUGUGAGCGCUAUUAUCGACUUUAUACCUUUAAAAUAAGGUUGAUAUUCGUGAACACGAUUAGUGUGGUAAGUUGUUGACAAUAUAUAGGUUUGUUUGCGAGAUUAUGAAUAGAGAAUUUAGAUUGGCGUACGAGUGCUAGAAAAGGGAAUCGAGGAGAUAUGUAUACCUAAAUAUAAUUUAAUAAUCACAAAGCUAUAGCAAUUAAUAAUGAUCUUCAUACUUAAAUCGAUAUGUUAUUUAUAUUAUUAAUGUUUGAUGUAAUUUAGAGUUAAGUUUCAACUUUUCACACUUAAUGUUAGUUUUUAAGUGUAGUUGUCUGAAUGUAUCAGUUUUUGAAGUACAUUUUAGUGAAUGAUAGAACUUUUUUAUAUGCUUCUUUUGACAUUGUGUACAAACACCAUUGUUUAUGGAAGUAUACCAUCCACAUUUUAUAUUAUCAAUAGACUGUAUUUAUAUCAAGUUUUGUUAUUCGUGCUGUUGAAGGUUAUAUAGAAAAUUGUAGCUGCACAAUGGGAAAAAAUAUUCCUGCUCAGAUUACUAUUUUUUCUUUGAUUGAGCUACAAUUUUCAUCUUCAACGAAACGUUAAAAAAAUAUGUAUUUUCACAUUUUUGAUCGUGUGAUUCAAUAUUUGCAUUUGUUUACCGUAACUGUGAUAUAUAGAAAUUAUGGAGCUUGCGUAGGGUAACCAUUCGAAAAUCUGUUAUGAGUUAAACAACUCGACACACUCGCUUAAUUUGUUAUUCAUUUUGUUAUUUAUACAUUCCAUAGAUCUUAAUAUAAAUUAGAUUUGCCAGCCAGUUAACUAAGCAGAGGCUAUUUUAUGAUACUUUAAUUGAGAGAGAAACAAAAAGAGAGAUGGAGAUAUAAAGGCAAAAAACUGUAAAACUUAGAAAUCUUUGGUGUUUUAUUUUAGAUUACCUAUGUGAUCUGGCUAUCGACUGGCAAGUCGAGUUUAUAUGAAGAAUUAUUAUUUGAAAUAGUUUGACGACAUUGGGAAGUUAAUUCUUCAAAGAGUUAUCCCAACUUAACCCAUCACUACAAAACCUACGUGACAUAUCGCAUUAGUAGGGACAGAAGCUUCCGUCAAACGUCUUCCUUAUUUAUUGAUUUCCAUGGCAACAAAAACUUUCCAUUCGGCUGUAUGGACGGGUAACUGUAUUUAUUUUAUUUAUACCGUUUUGAUACUGUGUUCAAAAUAGAAUAUCCAUUCGUAAAAGAAAAGUAACAAUCAAAAACCAACCUUAUAGCGAAUGCAUAAAGUUGAAAUUCAAAUAACAGAAUGUUUAUCAAUAUUUUAGGUACACAAUACAUGGACUUGAAGGUUCUUGAUUGAAACGAAUAAAGUAUCAAAACGGUUUUUGUAUGACGUUGAUUUUGAAAUAGGUUCUGAUAUCAAAAUAUAAAAAAAAGUAUAAGUUUAUCAGAACCACGAGCGAGUGUAUUAUUUAUUGCUAAUUGUAAAUAAAACAUUUAAAUUCUAAUUGGAUAAUGUUAACAUUAUUUGGCUUUCAAUUAUUAACCUUUUGGAUAGAAAUGAUUAUGAAGAUAACAUUAUUAGUACUUAUCUAUUUAUAUUGCUGGUUAUUCUAGUUGUGUAGUCAUUUGGGAUUUAAUUCAAUCCAGCUGAAUUAUCUAUGGAUAUGCUGUGACUGAGACACCGAAUUUGCUAAUAGAUAAUUUCACAGACAGAAUUACCAGUAAAGGUUAUUCAAAUAUUCAAAAAUAUUUACCUGGUAGAUUAGAUUUUUGCUCAUUCAUUUUGGCUUCUAAUUAAUCUCCUACAAAGUUAUAAUUUUAUUGAGACGACACUUCUUGUUCGGGUCCAUAGAUAUUCCAGCUGUGUUAUAUAAAUAUUUAUGUAUGAUAGCUUAAUUGGUAGGUCGAAAUAAAAGAUUUUUAUAAAGAAAAAUUACGAAUGUGUGCAUGAUUAUAUGGAACU